AAUUAUGAUCUUUUUUCAUAUCAUUACAACAUGUACAAAGUUUUAGAUGAAAAAACCAAAAAUGAUAUAUUUUCGUACAUCGAAAGAACUGUGGAAGAUGCAAAUUUUUUCGAAUAUAAAAUAGAUUUUAAAGUAUUGCCAAAUUUGUACAGAUUUGAAGGUGAACGGCUUAUAGUUUCGACACAUAUAAAGGGAGUUGAUUAUCUGAAGAACAAGUUAUGUCUGGAUUUAACUCUUAAAAUAAGUGAAAAAUGUGAAAGUGACAACGUUUUAAGGCAAUUUUUUAAAAGGGAGCAAUACCUUUUCCAACACAUAACACGCUUUUUAAUGCAAUUAUGUAGGAAAAGGAAAGUAAGAUAUCCUGCCUUUCCUUUUCCCAUGUGUUUUAAGAUGUUUUCUACAGAUGACAGGGAUGUGUUAGUUUAUAAUAACUUGUUUUCAAUGGGAUUCCAACCGAUUCAUAGUAGAUCAUUUUCACCCAUUACAAUUAACGUAAUUUUACGACAAUUGGCCGAAUUUCAUGCCCUUUCCUUUUCUGCAUUUGAUCAGUGCACCGAAGAGUUUCAAGAACUGUUAUCAAAGUGGUUACCAGAUAUUAAAUCUUUACUUGCAUCCUUAAAUCUUGAAGAUAACUUAAAAACAGGUCUACAAGUUGUUGCAGAUAUGUUGAUGGAAGAAAAAAGAUUUGAUCUGAAGGAGAAAAUGGAGAAGGAUUUAAAAGAUGGCUUUCUCGCUAUUGCUAACAAAGUGUUGUCAGAAGUCCCUGAGGAAGCUGUAAUAAUUCACGGAGAUUUCUGGUAUCAUAAUAUUUUAAUUUUAUACGAGAGGAACAAUCCGGACGUUGUAAAAGAUCUAAAGUUUAUAUCCUGGCAGAUGUCAACUGUUCAUUCUCCCGUACUAGAUUUGGCAUAUUUCCUGUAUUUUAUCUAUUCCGAAGACAUACAUCAAAAUUUUGAAACUUACGUAGAAUAUUACUAUAGGGAAUUUUGUAACUUCGUGGGAAGGAUAGGAAGUGAUCCAACGAAGUUUCCAUUUUUGACUCUCUUAGACCAUUUUAAGAGAUAUUCGAUAAUGCCAUUGCUGGUUGCUAUUGGUGGAAUCCCAUUAAUAACAGUUGAUCAGCUUGAUCCAGAUAAUGAGGAUUUCGAACCUAUUACUUACUCCAGUCUUAAAGAUGAUGUCAAGAAUAUUAUUAAAAAGAAAAUACUUGGUAUUCUGGAAUUACAUUAUAAGUAUUUUGGAGACUAGUUUAAUAAAAUAUUAUCAUAAA